AUGACGUUACGCUUCGACAGGAUUCUUUACAUGAUGCUGCUGCUCAUCCUGAGUCUCUUUGUUGCUCUGCACGGUGCCUCUGCUCUGGUCUGGUCUGGUGUGUAUCAGGACGCCCAGUGGAAGGCUCAGAUGUGCUGUGAUCUGGGUUCAGAUGGUCUUGGGCAUCCGGAUGAGCCCAGCGAACCCAGAAAUAGCUCCAGCGUUCAGUGUCGUGUCCAAAACUUCACAAACAGCCUGGAAACUAGCAGCGACCAGCAGUCAGAGCUGCUGUCUGAAAACUGCUUGGACAUCCGGUGCCGACUGGAAGACAAACAAGCGAAUGUAAUUUGUUAUCUGAAGCACCACAGAGCAACAAACCUGCCCACCGGUGGACUGACCGUUAGCCUGUGGCCAGUGGGAAGGGAGCAGGAUGAACUGAACAGCUCCUCUGUGGUACAGUGUACUGGGGACGAUGACAUCAGUUGUUCUGUCGCUCUUCGUCCCAGCGAUGCUUCUGUCUCACUGUUCGUUGGUGGAUUGUUGAACGGCGUCCGUCUGCAGUCACAGGAGAUGCACAUCAGCGUCGAUCAGUUACGGUUGCCAGCUCCUCUGUUUAAUCUGCAGUAUAACGUCACCACUGAGGGUGAAGUGAUGAUUACAUGGAACGACUCACAAACCUGCAGACAGCCGUCGUGCUACCAGAUCCGCUACUCAUCCAACACCUCGCUCGAACACUGGGAGGUGUUUGAGGUCCAGGAUCCGUGGGUGUCUCUCAGGGAUCUCGGUUCUGGAGUCAGAUAUACAGUUCAGGUUCGCUGCCGGAGUCUCCAUCACCCGGAUCACUGGACUGACUGUAGUCACCCCCUAUAUCUCGCACUCGAUGUGAGCUACAUUCCGGCUGAGCUCUUCACCAGGCCCGGUGAGGACGUGACCGUGUACUGUGUGCUUCACAACCGCAGCUGGACGGCCAGCAGGGCCGUGUGGAUGCUGAACGGUCAGCUGAUUCCUGACAGCCACUACAGAGCGAUCAAUGAGCGGGUCAGCGCGGUCACUGUGAGGUCUAAAGAGCCUGGGUUCGAUACUCUGAUGUGCUGUUACCCGUGGGGGGAGAGAUACAAGUGCAGCAUCGCUUAUGCCAAGGUCUAUAUAGAAGGACUAUUUGAGGCCGAUAUAAGCUGUCAGACUGACCAGCAUUUUAAAGCUGACUCCAUGACCUGCAAAUGGAAUAAGAGCGCAUGGGCGUUGGUUCGAUUCCUCUACAGACGUUAUACAGGACUGUGUGAGGAGAUGCAGCGUGAGGAGGAACCGAGCUCUGAAGUCGAGGAGUGCCCAGAAGGAGCCGGAGACUACCGGCAGUGCACCCUGCGGCGCCUGAGCCUCUUCUCCUGCUACAAGCUCUGGCUCGUGGUGGAGGGCGGGCACGGCAAAGUGAGGUCACUUCCUGUCUUUCUGUCGCCUGUCAACUAUGUAAAACCGUCUCCACUGUCAGUCCUGGACGCAGUAUCGUUCCCCAACAAAACCUUGAUGGUGAGCUGGAGGCGCCCUUACCUGCCCGCGUACGAUCUGCAGUACGAGCUGCGCCACGUUCCCGUCCGUGGUUCGGCCGACUCGCAGUGGAAGGUGUUUGGUCCUAUAUUGGAACCACAGGCGAGCGUUCCGGUGGAUGGCCCGUGUUCCCAGUACAAGGUCGCGGUUCGGUUCAGACGGUUGAAUGGUUCGGGUUACUGGAGUGACUGGAGCGAUGCUCGUACCUCCUCAGUUUACAGCAGUAAAGCUCCAGAGUCGGGACCUGAUUUCUGGAGAGUUAUUCAAGAGGAUCCUGCAAGAAAUCAGGCUAAUGUUACUCUGCUCUUUAAGAUCCCAGCAGUGGAUCCAGACAGCUGUGUGCAGGGACUCUUGGUCGUGCACCAGACCUCCGGCGGCUCGGUGUGGUCGGACGACGCGGCCCUUGGCUCAUCGUACACGUUCCAGUGGGGAGAGGAAGUCCAUACGGUCACCGUCAUGUCUCAUAAUUCUGUAGGCUUCUCAGCCAGGAACAGGAACAUGACUCUGGAGCACCAACCUAAACGACAGUGUGUGCGCUGGUUCCGUGCAGCAGCCAAUGCUUCAUGCGUGUCUCUUUCCUGGACCCUGACGUGUGAACAGUCUUCGCUCCAGUCCUUCGUUGUUGAGUGGCUGGAGCUCAGCAGGGACGCUGGCCAGGGAACAUCUUCAGCCAGGAGAACAGAGUGGCUCAGAGUGCCCUCCACCGCCAGGGAUCUUCACCUGUAUGGGCAUUUUUAUGGCACAGAGGAGUUUAAACUGUACCCAGUGUUUGUGGAUGGUGAGGGCGAGCCUGUGAGAUGCACAAUGCGGAAUGAUCUUGCAGCCUACAUGCUCCUCAUGAUUAUCGCCUUCCUCUCCGUUGUGCUGUUUGUCACGCUGAUCAUCUCACAGAACCAAUUAAAGAAGCUGAUGUGGAAGGACGUACCAAAUCCCAGCAACUGCUCUUGGGCCAAGGGGAUGGAUCUCAACAAGAUGAACGGUACAGAGAGUCUGUUUGGUCAUUCUGAGGGCCUCACGUCUUGCCCACUUCUGCCAGUCUCUGAAAAUGUGUGUGAGGUGGAGAUCGUGGAUAAACUCUUCAUUCUUGAUGAAGAUCGAGAAGACAAGGCCCUGCUGCAUCGUUCCUUCGAUAAGGAAGGCAGAAGCACCAACCUCACAUCGAAAGAAGGAUCGUUAGAACCUCUGUCUCUUGACAUGUCCACUGUCGCCACAACCCCAGAAACAUCAGGCCAGUCAUCUGUAAAUUACUCCACCGUGCUGGUCUUCGAUCAGCCCGUGCUUCUCAGGAAGCAGCAGGAGAGUCUGAGCAGCUCCAGCGAUGAGGGCAACUUCUCAGCAAAUAACUCUGAAAUCUCCGGCUCCUUUUCUGGAAAUCUCUGGGAGCUGGAGAACCCGUCAUGCUCAGACGGCGCAAAUCCGAGGAACUCCUGCUCUUAUAACUCCGGGGAGGAGUUUUCUGAAACAUCAGAACACGAGGACGAAAACUCAGUGGUCAAAGAACUCUACUAUAUGGGAAUGAAUGAUGAGGAAGACGAAGAUGAUGAGGAUUUCAUGGAGGAGGCACCAGAUAAUCAGAGUCAUACGGAUGAGUCCGAUUCAGAAUUCAGUCCUGAGUCUGAACGCAAGGAUUUGAAAGCCAGCUGUACAUCUCAGAGAACUGUUUCUUUCUAUCUGCCCCAGUUUCGGACUGCAGCCGAUAAGCCCGUCGUACAGAAAGUGAACGACAGCAUCCUUCAGCUGUGAUCUAAAAAUACGCCCCUAACUUUUUGUUUUUAAACCUUUCUGCAUACAAAGUGGAUUUCUGAUCCCAAUUAACACAUCGGUGCUUUAUUUAAGCAAUAGAACACGAGAGGGAGUGUGUUAUCGCGAAUAACAUCACGGCUGUGAUUUGGUCGCAGGCACGAACCGAAGGUGAGUGCUGUAGAUCAUCACAGCCGUGAUGUUAUUCACGAAAACACACGACCUCGAGUGUUCUAUUGCUUUUAUA